AUGGCCAACUCCACCGCCGUGUCGCCAGAUGCGCCGACUGUGACUGUCAAGAACGAUGGUGCCUCCAACGGCAGCAGCCACGACUUCACUGCCUUCGCCCUGGUGCCGACCUUCUUCCUCCUGGGUCUGACCGGAGUGGUCAUCUGUCAUGUGCUGAAGAGGAAGGGCUACCGCUGCACCACCGAGGCCGAAGACGAGGUCAAGCCUGAGGAGAACCACGAGCUGGACCUGGAGAUGGGAGAGCUGAAUGACACCAUCAGUGACAACAAUGACACCGUCGGGCAGAUCGUCCACUACAUUAUGAAAAACGAAGCCAACUCCGACGCCCUCAAAGCCAUGAUUCAUGAAAACAGCAUCGACUCCGAUGGCCCUCCCAUGACUCCCACUUCCCCAACACCUCCGCUGACCCCUGUAUCGCCCGGAGCGCCCCUGGGAGCUCCCAAACACACCUGCAGUCACCUCCACACUAUCGGGGGCAUGGGCGGGCACAAGAACAUCUGCACACGCUGCAGCCAGAAGAAAUGGCCGCUCAUGAGGAAGCUGGAGCCGAGAAGAAGUUACUGCGCGGAGGUGACGGUGCUUGCUGUGGGGAGAUUCCGAAGGCGGAGGCCCGGAGCAGGAGCCCCUCAGAGUCCCAGCAGCAGACAGACCAAACGGAAAAAGACAAAUUAUAAUUCAGCUCUCCCCGUGGACACUGGAAACCAAACCCUGUCCCCUCAGCGUGGGCGGAGUGUCCCAGGACAAACAUGGCUCCAGGAUGCGCUGAUGAAAGCUCCCGAGAGACACGUUUAUGUGACGCGAGGCACGAGGGCAGAGUCCGGGAUCAGACUGGUGUCACAGAUCACAGACCCAGGGCCUGCACUUGGAGCCCUGAGGAGGCCUUCUCUACAGACUCCGCCUCCGCUGGACAUGCUGCGGUCAGGCAAGUCAGCGACAGUGAGCGUUUGGCAAGCCCUGAAUCGUAGCGGAAUCCUGACGAGGCCGAUGGGGGAGGAGAACAGUGAUGUGCGGCCCGGAUGCAGACGGAUGGAUCGGUCUGGCGCUGCGUUGGACCGGCAGCGUGUCAAACGGCGUUCAUUCACACUGACCAAAGGCCGACAUGGCUGCAGGCGCCGCUUCGCCGUCUAG